AAACUGACAGCAAAAAUGAAGAGCUGCUGGAAAAUUCCAGUUUUCUUCUUUGUAUGCAGUUUCCUGGGACCCUGGGCAUCAGCGACUGUCAAGCGUCGCCCAAGGUUCCCUGUCAAUUUGAAUUCUAAUGGUGGAAAUGAACUCUGUCCAAAGAUCAGGAUUGGCCAAGAUGACUUACCAGGGUUUGACCUGAUUUCUCAGUUUCAGAUAGAUAAAGCAGCAUUUAGAAGAGCUAUCCAGAGGAUAGUGGGAUCUACAACAUUACAAGUGGCUUACAAGUUGGGAAAUAAUGUAGACUUCAGAAUUCCAACCAGGCGUUUAUAUCCCAGUGGACUGCCUGAAGAAUACUCCUUUUUAACUACUUUUCGGAUGAAUGGAAGCACACUUGAAAAGAACUGGAACAUUUGGCAGAUUCAGGAUUCCUCAGGGAAGGAGCAGGUUGGAGUGAAGAUUAAUGGCCAAACAAAAUCUGUUGCAUUUUCAUACAAAGGAUUGGAUGGAAGUCUCCAAACCGCUGUCUUUUCAAAUUUGCCUUCCUUGUUUGAUUCCCGGUGGCAUAAGAUCAUGAUUGGUGUGGAAAGGAAUAGUGUUACUCUUUUCAUUGACUGCAAUAGGAUUGAAUCCUUACCUAUAAAGCCAAGAAGCCAAAUUGAUAUUGAUGGCUUUGCUGUGCUGGGGAAACUUGUAGAUAAUCCUCAAGUUUCUGUUCCGUUUGAACUUCAAUGGAUGCUGAUCCAUUGCGACCCUCUGCGGCCCAGGAGAGAAACUUGCCAUGAACUUCCAGUCAGAGUAACACCCAGCCAGACCACCGACGAGAGAGGCCCCCCGGGCGUUCAGGGCCCUCCGGGGCCUCCGGGCCCCCCUGGAGUUCCCGGCAUCGAUGGUAUCGACGGUGACCGAGGUCCAAAGGGUCCACAGGGCCCAGCGGGCCCCGCUGGAGAACCAGGAAAACCAGGAGCUCCAGGCAAGCCCGGCACGCCAGGCGCGGACGGAUUAACAGGGCCUGAUGGAUCCCCUGGUUCCAUUGGACCGAGAGGACAGAAAGGAGAACCUGGUGUGCCAGGAUCUCGUGGAUUUCCAGGUCGUGGUAUUCCUGGACCCCCAGGUCCUCCUGGGGCAGUAGGACUCCCUGGAGAACUUGGCCACGUUGGACCAAUUGGUGACCCUGGGAGAAGAGGACCACCUGGCCCCCCCGGUCCCCCAGGACCCAGCGGAGCAAUUGGCUUUCAUGAAGGAGACCCAUUGUGUCCUAAUUCCUGUCCACCAGGUCGCUCAGGAUAUCCAGGCCUACCAGGCAUGAGGGGUCAUAAAGGGGCUAAAGGAGAAAUUGGUGAACCAGGACGACAAGGCCACAAGGGUGAAGAAGGUGACCAGGGGGAAUUGGGGGAAGUAGGAGCUCAAGGACCUCCGGGAGCUCAAGGUUUGAGAGGCAUCACUGGCAUAGUUGGGGCCAAAGGGGAAAAAGGUGCUCGGGGCUUAGAUGGUGAACCUGGGCCUCAGGGUGUUCCUGGUGCAUCUGGUGAUCAGGGACAAAGAGGACCUCCAGGAGAAGCAGGUCCCAAGGGCGAUAGAGGCCCUCAAGGUUCUAGAGGAAUUCCUGGCCUCCCUGGGCCCAAAGGAGACACGGGCUUGCCAGGCGUGGAUGGCCGUGACGGGAUACCUGGAAUGCCUGGAACAAAGGGUGAACCAGGGAAACCUGGGCCUCCUGGUGAUGCAGGAUUGCAGGGAUUACCUGGUGUACCUGGAAUUCCUGGUGCAAAGGGCAUUGCUGGUGAAAAAGGUAACACAGGUGCUCCAGGAAAGCCUGGUCAAUUGGGAUAUUCAGGCAAACCGGGUCAACAGGGGCCUCCAGGCGAGGUGGGACCCCGAGGACCUCGGGGGCUUCCCGGCAGUCGAGGGGAAACAGGACCAGUAGGACCCCCAGGCCUACCAGGUAAACUGGGUUCUCUUGGUAGUCCUGGCCUCCCUGGCUUGCCUGGCCCCGCUGGACUUCCUGGGAUGAAAGGUGACAGGGGUGUAGUCGGUGAAUCUGGUCCAAAGGGUGAACAGGGUGCCUCUGGUGAAGAAGGUGAAACAGGAGGAAGGGGCGAACUUGGAGAUAUAGGAUUACCUGGAUCAAAGGGAUCUAUGGGUAACCCUGGGGAGCCUGGCUUGAGAGGGCCUGAAGGAAGCCGGGGGCUUCCUGGAGAGGAGGGACCAAGAGGACCGCCUGGACCACGAGGCAUGCAGGGACAGCAGGGUGCCACCGGCCUGCCGGGCAUCCAGGGACCUGCGGGUAGAGCACCGACAGAUCAGCACAUUAAACAGGUUUGCAUGCGAGUCAUGCAAGAGCAUCUUGCGGAGAUGGCUGCUAGUCUCAAGCGCCCUGACUCAGGUGCCACUGGCCUCCCUGGGAGUCCAGGACCCCCUGGGGCUCCUGGAGCUCCAGGAGAGAAUGGUUUCCCAGGCCAGGUGGGACCUCGUGGCCUCCCAGGUAUUAAAGGCCCCCCUGGUGCUCUUGGUCUGAGGGGACCUAAAGGUGACCUGGGAGAAAAGGGGGAGCGUGGCCCUCCAGGAAGAGGUCCCAAAGGUUUGCCUGGAGCUAUAGGACUCCCAGGUGAUCCAGGCCCUGCCAGCUAUGGGAAAAAUGGCCGGGAUGGCGAGCGAGGCCCCCCAGGAGUGGCAGGAAUUCCUGGUGUCCCCGGUCCCCCAGGCCCUCCUGGCCCUCCUGGUUUCUGCGAGCCAGCCUCCUGCAUCCUGCAAGCUGGUCAGCAAGCGUUUAGCAAAGGGCCCGAUCAGUGAAAGGCUUAGUGCUGCAUGGCUGUCUGCACAUGCCAUGCCUGGCAAAGGACCUUGGAGGAGAAACACCACCUGAAGCCGGGGCUAAAGAUGACAGUGUAUAUUACCUUCAAUAUUGUUACAGAGAUCCUACUUGACAAUCAGAUUUAGAAUGAUGGUGCUAUUCAGUAAAUCCUCUUUCCUUUCCCUUGGAGGGAAGAUGGCAGAGUAAUCAGAACAAAAACCUCCCUUUAAAUAAAUUUAUAAUCCUGUUCCCAGGAUCUUGAACUUUAGUGUGCUAUACAUAUGUGAUAUACCUUGGGCCACUGUGCCAAUAAAUAAGAACAACGGUUUGGUUGCCCUCAGUUGCAGUAGUUAUUUUCUUUUUCUAUUUAAAUGUUGUUCUCAGAUCAUGGUUUCAGCUAUAUAGAGGUCUACUGGACUAGUUAUGAAGAAACUCCACUACAUUCAAUAAAAUUGGUGCUAACAGUCCCCACCAAUGUGCUUCCUGGAGUUACAAUGGUUUUCUUACAUUACAUGUUGGUUCCAUACUCCGCCCAAAAUUCUGGUGAAAUGUGCUGUAUCCCAAACCCAUUUUGAGGCUUUCCUUGUGGAAGCAAAGAAGGAAUUUUAAUAUCCUGGCAUUCAUAAGUUUUUUUGAUAAGAUUAUUUAUUUUAAAGGUUUGAGGUAACAUCUCUGGUUGUACCAAAGAAGAAAUAAAUAUGGUUUCUGAAUCUC